UAGAUGUUCCCCUUAAUAAAUGACAACUUCGUUUCAAAUCCGAAUUGGGUUAUAUUUGACCCGAUAUUAAAAUGUGAAAUAUGUCAACGUACGUUGUUGCCCACAGAGCACCGUGCAGCUGCCCGGAGCCUCUCCGGCUGGGGACGCGAGUCUUCUCUCCGUGAGGGCUUCAAAGAGCUCAAGUGUUAUUUCAGGCCAGCAUUGAUAGACAUGCGCACAGCUGAUGGACGAGAGGCACAUCUGCACUGACGUCACCACCCACCCCCUCUGUGCAAAAAAAAAAAAGAAAGAAAGAAAGCAGGCAGCCAAUUUGAAGCCGUCCUGGACAUACCCGGUCCUCUGCGCAGUGAGGAGAAGCAGCCUCCCAGCCAACUUUUGCUGCUGUUUGAUGCACUAACCCCCCCACCCCCCUCUCUCUCUCUUUUCCUCCUCUAUCCAAACCUUCCAGAGCUUCGCUGAGCCACAAGCAUGAACACAAAGUCCAGAUUAUAAAGGAGAGUAGAUAGACUUUAAAUGGACCCUUCUGCUGCAAGUCCAAUACUCCUCUAAAAAAAAAAAAAAAAGCUGAGUAAGAACUCUUUUUUUUUUUUUGUAGUUUUUGUAGUUUUUAAGGGGGGGGGGGGGAGAGAACUCACUGCAGAUCCAGAAUAGGAUGGCAGAAUUCAAAAAGGAGAUGAGAAGAGCAUAGUGGAGGACGUUUGUGUGCGGAACUUUAAAAAGGAAAAAAAAAAAAAAGAAGAAGAAGGGCUGGAGAAGACUUUUGUGCCGAGCUUCACUUUGCACACUCGGACCGGAGCUGACAAUGAGGAUGGGCAUGGAACGCAGAUGGGUCAGUCAGGAUAGGCGUUCGAGACAGAGCCUCUGAUUUCUCGACUUCCACUCGGCACCGAUGGAGGACAGAGUUUUCCCCCGAGCUGCUGACAUGCAUUCAGAGGCCUGUGAGAUGUGGACUGGCUCGCCUUCGGGGGAAAUCUGAGACCUUGAAUGAGCCGUGGGACACAGGUGGGAGCAUUUCAGUGAAGAAGAGAAACCAUGGAUCUGUUACGGCACGGCGCCAGACUGACUUUGCGCCUCUAACCCGACUGUAGCGCCCUCUAGUCACAUCCCAUGUCACAGCCUUCCCCGAAUUAUGGAAAUUUUGUGGAAGACGCUGACUUGGACACUGAGCCUAGUGGUGAUGGCAGCUUCGGAAUUUCAAAGACUUUCGCACAGCUCUCAAGAGGAGUUCCUGUCUUACCUGCAGCACUACCAGCUGACGGUCCCGGUGCGCGUGGACGAGAACGGGAACUUCCUGAGCUACACCGUGAAGCACCAGCGGCCGGGCCGCUGGAGACGCGCGCUGGCGGACCCCGCCGCCGACCCGCCGGGCUCCCGGAUCUUCUACAGGCUGUCGGCGUACGGGAAGCACUUCCACCUGAACCUGACGCUUAACCCCAACCUGGUGUCGAAGCAUUUCACGGUGGAGUACUGGGGCAAAGAGGGGCCCGAGUGGCGUCACGACGUGCUGGACCACUGCCACUACGUCGGCUCCCUGCGAAGCCAGCACAGCACGACCCGAGUGGCGCUCAGCAACUGCAAGGGCCUGCACGGCGUCAUAACAACAGAGGAAGAACAGUAUUUAAUAGAGCCUUUAAAGAACACGUCCUCCGCCACCUCCAGUGAACGGAACCUGGACGGAGCUCAGCAACAUGUUAUUUAUAAAACGUCUGCCAUCCCCUCGCCGCAAGAGCAAAGCCAGGAGUUCAGCUGUGGCAUUUCAGACCUCACUAAAAGUAACGCACCUUGCCAGUUUAGCACACCCUCCCCUAUCCACCUGUCCCCCGUCCCUCAAAACGCCAGCCAGCAGCCGGCCGGCGCUCAUAGGCGCCGGAGGUCCAUCAGCUCAGAGCGCUUCGUGGAGACGCUCGUGGUCGCCGACAAGAUGAUGGUUGGCUACCACGGACGCAAAGACAUAGAGCACUACAUCCUGUCUGUGAUGAAUAUUGUUGCCAAACUGUACCGUGAUUCCAGCCUGGGAAAUGUUGUGAACAUUAUUGUGACCCGUCUAAUUGUUCUCACGGAGGACCAGCCAAACCUGGAAAUUAAUCAUCAUGCUGACAAGUCUCUGGACAGUUUCUGUAAGUGGCAAAGGUCCAUCCUGUCUCAUCACAGCAGCGGGAACAGCAUUCCUGAGAACGGAAUGGCUCAUCACGACAACGCCGUCCUAAUCACCCGAUAUGACAUCUGCACCUACAAGAACAAACCCUGUGGGACUUUAGGCUUGGCCUCUGUGGCUGGAAUGUGUGAGCCGGAGAGAAGCUGCAGCAUCAAUGAAGACAUCGGCCUUGGCUCGGCUUUCACCAUCGCACACGAGAUAGGCCACAACUUCGGAAUGAACCACGACGGCAUCGGCAACUCCUGCGGCACCAAGGGCCACGAGACGGCCAAGCUGAUGGCGGCUCACAUAACGGCCAACACCAACCCGUUCUCCUGGUCCUCCUGCAGCAAAGACUACAUCACCAGCUUUCUCGACUCAGGUCGGGGAACGUGUCUGGACAACGAGCCUCCAAAACGAGAUUUCCUGUAUCCGACUGUGGCCCCGGGGCAGCUGUACGACGCCGACGAGCAGUGUCGCUUCCAGUACGGAACCUCCUCGCGUCAGUGCAAGUAUGGGGAAGUGUGUAGAGAGCUCUGGUGCCUUAGCAAAAGCAACCGCUGUGUAACUAACAGUAUCCCGGCUGCAGAGGGGACUCUGUGCCAGACUGGCAGCAUUGAGAAAGGGUGGUGUUACCAGGGAGAAUGCGUCGCGUUCGGCUCCCGGCCCGAGAGCGCGGACGGCGGCUGGGGGCCGUGGUCCUUGUGGGGAGAGUGCAGCCGGACCUGCGGAGGCGGCGUUUCUUCCUCCAUGAGGCACUGUGACAGCCCAGCCCCGUCUGGAGGAGGAAAGUACUGUCUUGGAGAGAGAAAACGGUACAGAUCCUGUAACACCGACGCAUGCCCAGCUGGAUCUCAGGAUUUCAGGGAGAAGCAGUGCGCUGAUUUUGAUAACAUGCCUUUCCGUGGGAAGUAUUACAACUGGAAGCCUUACACUGGGGGUGGCGUGAAGCCCUGUGCGCUCAACUGCCUGGCGGAGGGCUAUAACUUCUACACGGAGCGCUCCCCUGCUGUCGUCGACGGCACCCGAUGUCAGGCUGACUCUCUGGACAUCUGCAUCAACGGCGAGUGUAAGCAUGUGGGCUGCGACAACAUCCUGGACUCAGUCGCAAGAGAAGACCGCUGCCGUGUGUGUGGAGGGGACGGCAGCACCUGUGAGGCCACCGAGGGGCUCUUCAACGACUCUCUGCCCAGAGGAGGCUACAUGGAGGUGGUUCAGAUCCCAAAAGGAUCGGUUCACAUCGAGAUCAGAGAAGUCGCCGUGUCAAAGAACUACAUAGCUCUAAAAUCCGAAGAGGACGAUUACUACAUCAACGGAGCUUGGACCAUCGACUGGCCCAGGAAGUUUGACAUUGCCGGGUCGGCCUUCCACUACAGGAGACCCACCGAUGAACCCGAGUCUCUGGAGGCACUGGGACCCACCACCGAAAACCUCUCCGUUAUGGUUCUCCUUCAAGAAGAGAACCUAGGAAUACGCUACAGGUUCAACGUUCCCAUCCAGCGGACAGGAAGCGGUGGCAACGAGGUGGGCUUCUCCUGGCACCACCCGCCCUGGUCCGAGUGCUCGGCUACCUGCGCUGGUGGCUCCCAGAAGCAGGAGGUGGUGUGUAAGAGGCUCGACGACAACUCGGUGGUGCAGAACAGCUACUGUGAGCCAGACAGCAAACCGCCAGAGAACCGGAGAGACUGCAACCCCGAGCCGUGUCCUCCAGAGUGGUUUAUCGGUGACUGGUCAGAGUGUGGACAGACUUGUGAUGGUGGGACUCGGACCAGGACCGUCCUGUGCAUCAGGAAGAUUGGCCCCACUGAGGAGGAGACGCUGGAAGAUACCUUCUGCCUGACUCAUCGACCCAUUGAAAGAGAGUCCUGCAACAACCAGUCAUGCCCGCCGAAGUGGGUAACUCUGGAAUGGUCAGAGUGCACGGCAAAGUGUGGCCCCGGCUUCAAGCACCGCAUCGUCCUGUGCAAGAGCAGCGACCUGACCAAAACCUUCCCGCCCACCACCUGCCCGAGCCACAACAAGCCUCCGGUCCGAAUGCGCUGCAGCUCGGGACGCUGCCCUCCUCCUCGCUGGAUCCCUGGGGAUUGGGGACAGUGUUCAGCUCAGUGCGGCCUGGGUCAGCAGAUGAGGACGGUCACCUGCCUGUCCUACACUGGACAGAUGUCCAAUGAGUGUCCAGAUUCCCUCCGGCCCGCCACCAUGCAGCAGUGUGAGAGCAAGUGCGACGCCAUCCCAAACUCCAACAGCGACGAAUGCAAAGAUGUAAACAAAGUGGCUUACUGCCCGCUGGUGCUGAAGUUCAAGUUUUGCAGCCGAGGGUACUUCAGACAGAUGUGCUGCAAGACCUGCCAGGGGCACUGACCCUGGCGCAAAAGCAACGAGUAGUGAUAAAGAACGACAUGGUUACAAAGGCAAAGAAGAUGGAGGGAUAAAGCACUGAGCAGGAGGAAAAGUGGGAAAAAAAUAGGAGGGUUGAUAAAAGUGCUCAGUUCUCGAGUGUCGGAAGAAGAAGAGACCAGAGCUGCCGCCCGAACGAAAACACGAAAAGGCCUUCCCUGUUUGUCCUGCCCUCCUUCCUGGUGGAAAUCAAACCACUGCUCAGCCCAAAGCGCUGAAAGAAACUCUUCCUUUUUUUCUUUUUUUUUUUCUCGUAUUUUUCGCUUCUGUGAAGUGGAAUUUAGAAGAUCAACUGUUGGAUGAUAUUAUUUUUAUUAUAAUAAUAAUUGAUGAUAUCAUCGUCAGUCUUCCUGCGUGUUUUGUUGUGGUGUAAAUCCGAAGGGCUGGACACAUCGCUCCACACACGACGUACCCGCAAGACGAACACAAGAAAGAGGGGAGCCGCUCCGUUGGAUUCCCGCCUUUGAGAAGGUGCUGGGUUGACGUUUGGCUUUGGUGCACUUUUCCCAUGUAAAUACUCCAAUUUACAGUUCAGACAUAGUCGAGAACCCGUGUGUACUGUAUAUUUAUUGUACAACUCCAAACAGAGCGUCCUCGAAUGUCUCUGUCAAACAGUAGCUUACUGCCAUGGAAGGGAAUGUAAUGUGAUUGAGUUUAUAAUCAAUAACGUUGUGUGCUGGAAUGGAAUUAUACUGUAAUCCAUGUUAGAAUUGUGUAUACUGUACGGAUUUGUGUAUUAUAAAUGAUAUUAAUCUAAACCCAGAAGCUAACACAUGGUUAUAGAAGCAUCCAUUACUUCUGCCCAGACAGGUGCAUCAGCUACACUCAGUAGGGCAGAAUUUCACAUUAACCCCAGAUAGACUGUCUGAAUUUGCCUGGACCGCGUGAAACAUUCCCAACAAGAAAAGAAGCCUUUUCUCAACUGCUAUUCAAUCAGAGCACAGCUCACGAGUGAGGGAUUCAUUUUGAGGAAGCGUUUGAAGCACCUUGUUCAUUUGACUAACGGUAUGGAUGUUAUUGUCUUACGCUGCAAAGAGACUUUGCAUGACUUUGGUUAGCAUGAAUUCAGAAUAGCAGACCCAGAGGCCAAAGCUAACACUCUGUCUGAGAGGGGACUGGAUGUCACAGAACGUCAGGUGAACAUUUAAGCUCUUAAUAAUUUUCCAUUCCAUGGCUAAUUAUUGGGAAGCUAACGAUUAUUUAAGUGGGAAAAUGAAGGAAGAGGUUGCGCGCCACCAAUAAUCUUCCUGCGUGAAACAUGUGAUAAACAUAAAGCGGAGUAAAAAGCAAGAAUGUUCACUGGGUUCCAGUGAACACACCAGUGUUUUUUACUCAAACAUCAUUGUGUCGAUGUUUGAGUAGCUGUUAGGGUACGAGUGGCUGACCCUAACAGGUAGCUGCGUCUGGUAAGAUAUAACAGAACCUAGCUUAAAAAAAUGUUCAACUAUUGCUUUAAGUGGCUCCCUCUUUUCCUUGUCUUUGCCAGAAAGAAAGAAGAAAACAUUUCCAUUUUUUUUCUCAGUUUUUACUGGUGUUUUUUUCUUCUUUUUUUUUUUUUUUUUUUUUAGCUUUUUCCUCCUAGUAGCCUCCAAGACUUGGAGCCUUCCCGGGCUUCUGGUGCUAUCACAGGUGCUUCCAUUCAAACCCUUCCUCCAGUGUGCUUAAAAGUUCAAGUUUGAGCCAAAUAAGACAAGUUGAUACACUUGUUAAUAUCUCUGCUGGUAAAUGCUGGUCGUGUUUGAUUUAUUUUAUUUUUUUUUUCUGUUUUCUUUUGACUUGUUUAUACCUCACACUGGGAACUUUUGCUGUUCAAAAAGGGUAACGCUGUUCGUCCAAUCGACCAAAAUGGACGCUUGCCCGGAUGUAACAGGAUCUUUUCUAUCGAAGUGACAUUUCUGCCACUUUCACACCCUUUUCCCGGGUGGCGGUACUGGGGGACAAAUCUGAGCGCCAACACAGGAAGUGCAUGAAGAUGUCUCUGAGGCUGUUAACUUGCUGCUGCUACUUUUUUUUUAUAUAUAUAUAUUUUUUGGUAGCCACCCUCCAUGUGGCGAUGUCGAACAGUUUUUUAUUAGCCGCAGAAGCCUCAGCGAGGACGCUGAGAAGCAUUUUCUGCACGGACUGACCCAGCUGUGGGGAAAAGCAGCCAUCACAGGCCGAAGAUCUGAACUCAGUCUAGCUGGUACUCAUUGCUGUGAACCUGGAUGUCUGAAUGUCACGUUGCUCGUGUCUGUACCUGAAAUCGCGAGAGAAAUGAUAAGCGUCAUGUGAUUCAUUGCAUUUAUUUUAUAUUCAGUAUUAAUGUUGGUAAACUGUUACUACUUUUUUAUUUUUUUUAUUUUCGGAUGUUAAUAAUGUGCUAAUUUAUUGCUGUGUCUCACAUGUACAUUUAUUUCACUGCAUGCAGACUGAAAUUAAGCAUAGUGAAAAAAGUGCAGUGGUGCAGCUCUUCACCAUUUUGUAAGGGGUAGAAACAAUAAAGAGCUUUUACAGAG